AUGCUGGUACUGAUCUUCACUUACGCACUGCCCUAUGCACGAUUCGUCAAGCCAGCCAGACGCGCUGCGCCUCUGAAUAUCUCCCAAGUCUGUCGCCGCUGGAGGGAGGUUGCUCUGACUGUCCCUGUGCUCUGGGCCUCGCUCUCGGUUUAUGCCACAAGAGACGACUUGGACUACGCUGGUUUGAUGCGAAUGUGGCUGGCGCGAUCACAGAGGUACCGCCUAUACGUCAACUUCAUCGCUUGGAAGAACCUCGAUCUGUGCAGUUCGCGUGCCUGCCUGGAAGAGCUUAUGCGUCCUGAAAUCCUCACUCGGCUUUCGGAUCUCCGUGUCUCGGGCGUAAUGGAAGCCCUGCUGCCUCUGGAAAACUUGGGUGCCCAAGCUAGCAGUCUUCGGAGGCUGGUCGUACAGACGUACGAUCUUUGCCUGGAAGAUGCAUAUCUAGAUUUAUCCCGUGCAUCCGCAGCGCCCCUGUUGGCUGAAUUUCCCGUGAACAUCCUUGAAACACCCUCGCUCUUCUUCCCUCUGAAGGGCAUCCUGGCCGGCCCCACGACUCAUCUGGUAUUCUCCGGCGACUUCUACUAUGACCAUUUCACGGUGCUAGGAGAGUUCGGCGCGCAUCUCGUGUCCUGCGAGCUGUACUUACACCCGUUUUCGGCAUGUGGAGCCCUGACGUUGCCCAGGGUGCAAACGCUCACAGUGGGUUGUAGGAUCGUCUGGGCGUUUCUGGAUAACCUUACUGCGCCGUGUCUUCGGACACUGCAGAUAGGCAUGUCGAGGGAGAAUCGCCUUCCUGAAGUCGACGAUAUGUCGCUGAGUAAUAUGAUACGCAGGUCGCGGUGCCCCUUGGAAUCGCUACUAAUGGAGGAGGGCAGCCUGAGCGAUGCGGAUAUCGCUGAGGCCCAAAGGUUGUGCCCUGAUCUUCACAUCACGCUCGCGGGGAGACUAUGGGAUUAUACAUGGUGA